GCCGGACUUAAUUAAUUUCCACAACUGGAAAUAUCCACAGUACCAGCUAUGGACUCCCUCAGUUUAACACCCCAAAUUGAAGCGGGUAUACAGCAUAUGUCAGAGUCUGUAUUUGUGGGACUGUGUCGUACAGUGGGGAUCUCACAACAGGUGGCAGUGCGGAGAGAUGUGGCAGACAUUUGUGAUAUGGUGAGGAAUCAAGCAAGAACAAGUAACGAGAUCAUGGAGAUGAGGAGUGGAAGUGACAGAGAAGGGUUCAGAAUGAAGGGAUCUGAUAUUGAUACCAUGUAUUGGUUUAAAGACCGAGUGAUCUGGGACUUAUCUCAGACCCAGUUUUACAAUGUACACAAACAAGCCCCAAUUCUCUCUGUCUCUUCUGAAAGUCCACCUGGAUUUACUUUACUUCAAUUACUGACACCAAGAGCAGAGAGCAGAGUUAUCUCAGCAUUAGUCACAAUGAAUGGUGGACAUUAUAUAUCUAGUUCUAAAUAUAGAGAAAUCACAUGUUCGCUUGUAUUGCCUAACUCUACAGUACAUGGUCCAUGUGGCAGUGGAGUUUUCGAAGGAUCACUAGAAUAUGACACUGCCCACUGUUUUGCUAGUGACUUUUGGCCUCCGUCUGCCUCGUCAUGGAUAGACAGAUGUCACACAUGGCCCCAGCCACAGGUUGUUCGGGAUAUAGUCAGAAGUGGAUGUCACUUUGUAGCAAUAGGACACAAAUUAGGAAAUCAUGAAAGCAAUGAAUGGAGAAUUUCAUUUUCUCUGGCAGAACAAAAACUUGUGUGCUCAAUGAACCACUGUCAGUUCUUAACCUACGGUUUGCUGAAAUUGUUCCUAAAAGAAGUAAUUAACAAUGGAGUAGGUGACAAUCAGAAAUUACUGUGUUCCUAUCACAUGAAGACAGCAGUUUUUUGGAUGAUUCAACAAAACACAAUACAUAAUUGGUGUCCACAGAAUCUUCUGAAAUGUUUCUGGUACUGCUUUAAACUCAUCCUUAAAUGGGUGUAUGAGGGAAUCUGUCCAAGCUUUUUCAUUCCAGAAAACAACAUGUUUCUCAGUAAUAUUCAUGGUGAAGCACAAAACAGAUUAUUUGUUAGACUGUUUGAUUUUUAUAAAAUAGGUUUAGCAUCCCUGCUACACAGUCCCUCCCUCAGGUCCUAUAUUGUAAAUGUCCUUUACAACCCCAGACUCAGUAUUUGUACAAAUGAACAUACUCUGGUAUCUGAGGUUGAGUUUGAUAAAGAAAUGUUUAGAGAGAUAAUUGAAAAGAGUUCACUACCCUUAUCAGACCUUUACCACAGUAUGAAGUACCUAAACAUAGUAGAACAGUUGACAGUCUCACCCCUGACACAGUAUCAAGUUCUCAUGUUACAGGUACUUACAACCUCCUUCCUUCAGAGUGCUGCUUUUACAUUACAAUACAUAUACAGUAGCACUAAAAACAAGCUGAUGUAUAUUGCUGAAAGAAUGUCCUGUCAAAUGUUGAAACUCACAGCCAAGUUUGGGAGUAUUUCUCACAGGCUGUACAUUGCAAUGUAUUAUUACAAGACACUCAGAUACACAGAAGCUUUGUCUGUGAUAGAGAUGACAAAGGUCAACUUAGCACAGCCAUAUGUGAUGUAUGACGAGACAGUAGACACAGAGAGGUAUACCGAGGCUGUAGGGGGACAGUCCUGGUCUACAAAGUUAAGAGAUGCUGUAGCAUUGGAUAUCAUAUUACACAACAGAAUCAUUUAUAUCAAUGAAUUAAUGACAGAGCAGAUGGUUUCCUUACAGAACCAUAAACCUGUAUUGCACAUCCCACCCCUAGUUGUGUUACACAUGCUGGAAUUCCUGUGUUACAGACAUAUUGACACAAUGAGAGCAAAAACAGCUCUUAGUGAUCUACUGGUCCUCCUUUACCAUGAUCAGGGGGUGUAUGUAGCUGUGGGCUUAAGAGACAUAUCAUGGCAGAUCCUGGGUAUCUGUCAACAGAUCUCGGGGAACCUCCAGGCUGCUCUAUACUCCUACCAACAAUCACUCAGGCAAUUUCCACUCCAUAAAAUACAAAGUGCUACACUGAUGAGAAUACAUGAACUCAGAUUUUAGUACUGUACGUCAGUUUAUGUGGCUUUGACUAUUGAUACUGAUUUACAACAAUUAUACAUGUACAUCAAACAAUACUAUUUUACUCGACCAUGCAUCCAUGUUUAAACUUGUGCAAUUUUUUUCAAUAAGAAAUAGAGAAAUAUUAUGCAAUUUAGCAAGGUUUUUUUUUUUAAAAAAGGCUUUGCAUGGGCCUAAGAAACUUAUAAAGAUUUUAUAUAUUUGUAUAUAGUAUAUUGUUACUUGAUUGUCAUAUAAUUGCAUUAAACCAAAGCAAUAUAUGUCUAUCAAGGUUUCAAUAAACUAAAGUAAAUCAGUCAAGCAAUUCAAAUGUGAGGACUUCAGAUAUUUGUGUUAUAAGCUGCUUAACAUGGAAUAGAUAUGCUAGCUGUUAGCUUAAUUCAUCUAUGCCAUAUCAGUUCAUCAGUACACAUGGAACUUAAUUCGUAUGUCAGUUUAGUUGUUUACACCUAAAAUCCUAUAUUCUCACUGCAACAUGCUAUAAAUGGCAUAUUUUGGCAAAUUAAACAUAAAUCAUUGAAUAUUUUUACAUCAGUACAUGAAACCCAAAGUAUCAGAUUGGAUUCGAAAACUUGCACUAAAAAUCUUCAUGCUGAAACUAUUUUGUAAACAAAUUUAUAGAUGAACAUGAAUUUUCAAACCAAACAUGUACUAGAUGUUGGAAUCAGAAAGAAAACUGAGAAAAAUAAAAUCAAUUGAAUUAUUAUGAAAUACUUUAUGCUUUCAGCCCAUAGUUGCUUUACAUACAAUUAUGUAUAUUUAUAAUGCAUUAGUUUUGUAUAUUGUGAAAGCUUAGGUCUCUCUUGCAACCAUUUCAAUCAAAGUUAUACAAGCAAGUCGAUAUUCAAUGGUUACAGGACAAUAUAAUUAUGGAAAAUACAAUGUACAAUUCCAGAACAAAAGAUAUUUCUGCUAUCUACCCCAGUAUUGUCAAUAAAAAUUAAUUAUA